AUGUUAGAAGCUAGAGAUGUGAUUGAAAAGGAUAUAUGGUGGGAGACAAGAAAUGGUUCAGCUAACUUCUGGUAUGAUAAUUGGACAAAGCUAGGUCCAAUAGCUGAUUUGAUGCUUACAAACUUUCCCGUUGAUGAAACCAUUCAGUAUGUGGAAGACAUGAUGAUAAAUGGACAGUGGAAUCUCUCUAAGCUUCAGCGAACUGUGCCAGAGGAUUUAGUAGAACACAUCACACAUAGCUUCAAUAGAGAUACAAUUGAUCAAUCUAUAGACAAGGCCUGGUGGAUGCUUAAUGCAAAUGGUAAAUUCACAGUUUCAAGUGCUUGGGAAAAGAUCAGGUGUUGCUCACAACCACAACAAGAAACGUUGGAACAUAUAUUCCUAACAGGAGACUAUGCAGCAGCAAUGUGGAAAGUUUUUACAGAUGCAGCUGGUAUUCAAGGACCUUUUGUGCAGGUGAAACAGGCAGUGAAAAAAUGGUGGGAUGCCAAAUGCUCAGCCAAGUUGAAACCUCUUCUGGGAAAAAUCAAAUAUCCUUGGAUGAAAGAUAUUCUAGGCUCUUGGCCUCAUCUGGUUAAUUACUUAGAAAGCUACAAGCCACAGAUCAGCUAUAUACUGGUGCACUGGUCUAGUCCCCUACAGGGUUGGUACAAGUGUAAUAGUGAUGGAGCAUCUAAAGGAAAUCCUGGCCCCAUCUCAGCAGCCUUUUGUGUUAGAGACAGUCUUAGAGAUUUUAUAUAUGCCAGCACAAGGAGAGUGGGGGAUACAAGCUGUCUAGUUGCAGAAGCUAAGGCAAUGUAUGAUGGUUUGGUUUAUUGUGUAACUAACCAGCUAUUGCCUCUUUAUUUUGAGUCUGAUUCUUUGAGCUUAGUGAAAAUGGUGGAAGGUGAAUGGGAUGUGCCAUGGUCUAUAAGUUUAGAGGUUUAUAACAUUAUUGAAUGGAGAAGGAAAGGAGUAAUCCAUAUUGGGUAUGUAAUGAGGGAAGGAAAUCAGCUUGCAGACUUUCUAACUAACCAUAUCUUUAGUUUUGCAGGUACAUUAUGCUUUGAAAACUUUAUGGAGUUACCAGCAGCUGCAAAAAGGCUGGUAAACAUUGACAAAAUGCAGAUGCCAUCUUUCAGAUUCAAGCCAGUGUUUGCCAGAGAGCUUGACUGA